GGAGCAUGGCAAGAGGAAGAAAGAGAGAGAUAGAAUAGGAUGACAGAGAGAGGAGCAUGGCAAGAGGAAGAAAGAGAGAGAUAGGAUUAUUGCAUGAUUGGCUAAAGAGGGAUUUAAAACUCUGCCCAGUUGGCUGUUGAUUAGCCUUUCUCUCUUUGUGUGGGUGUGUUUUGGGGCUUAUGCUAUGUCACUGUGUGUGUGUGCAACUGAGCCAAGCUCUGCAGUUUGACCUAAAGCUGCACAUUCCUUUCAGCUCACGUCAAAUCUGCCUGGGAGAGUAAUAGCGAGAGAGUACAGAGCGAGAGAAAGAGAGAAAGAGAGAGAGUGAGAGAGUACAGAGCGAGAGAAAAAGAGAAAGAGAGAGUGAGAGAGGAGCGUGCCCCGUAGUGCGGUGGGGGACUUAAAGGGGAAAUAGGCAACAAAGGAUAAGAGGUUGUGGAGAAGCAGCUCUUAGCGUGGAGACAUCAGCAGGAACAUGUUGCUGUCUUUCCUGGCUUUCUGCUGUGGCGGAGCAGCUGUUCUGUAUGCCCUGUACUCCUGGCUGAUCCCUGCAGCUGUGCAGUACAAUGCAUGGUGGGCCCUGCUCUGGCACGACACCAUUGUAGAGAGGGCACUCAAUAUCCUCACCCGAUCCACCCGACCCCAGCGUCUUCUGAGAGCAGUUCAGAAGAAGGCAAUCAAAGGAGACCCUCAGAGUGUCAUCUCUACUAUCGAUUACUUCUGCAGGCAUUCUGAAUGGGCCAUGAAUGUGGGAGAUGAGAAAGGGGCCAUCUUGGACUCUGUUGUGUGCGAGGUCAGUCCAUCCACUGCCCUGGAGCUGGGUACGUACUGUGGUUAUUCCACUGUUCGUAUUGCCCGCCUGCUGCCCCCUGGCACCAAGCUCAUUACCCUGGAGUUCAACCCAGACUAUGCCGCUGUGGCUCGUCAGAUCAUUGAGUAUUCUGGGCUCCAGGACAAGAUUUGUCUGGUGGAAGGAGCCUCAGGAGAUCUAAUCCCCAAGAUGCAGGAGCUAUUUGGGAUUAAAACUUUUGAUUUUGUCUUCUUGGACCACUGGAAAGACCGCUACCUGCCUGAUAUCAAACUUCUAGAGGAGUGUCAGCUGCUGAGGAAAGGAUCCAUACUGCUAGCAGACAAUGUCAUCUGUCCUGGAACCCCUGACUACUUGGAGUAUGUCAGAAACAGCCCCCGGUACGAGAGCAAAUAUUUCAAAUCCCACCUGGAGUACACUAAAGUGGAGGAUGGCCUGGAGAAAUCUGUGUUCUUGGGAUAAAGACGUGACAGGCCGUGGUUCAUAUUCAAUAACACCUACCGCACCUAUGUUCAUCCAGUAUCUUUGUUUACUUACCUACUGCCCAUGUACACACUAAGGAGUGGCACUGUGAAAGCAAAACAUCUAUUUGAAAGGCUCUGUGCAAUUGGGAUCCUUGGGACAUCCCUGGUCCAUUGACGGGUGUAUUGUCCCUAUUCACAAAGCCUUUAUUUGAUGGUUUAAAACUACUUAGUGUUGUGUAAUAGGAGUCAAACCAAGAUGAAUAAAAUCAGGAAGUCAUCUUAUUACCAUAUUUCUGAUGUGAUUACAGUAAAAUGCAGUGCUUUACAUUAUAUUCUUUAUGCUUCACAUUUUGUAAAAUUGUUGUAUAUUACAUGUUAGUCAUUUAGUAGACAUUUAUACAGAGCAACUUACAGGAGCAAUUAGGGUUAAGUGCUUUGCUCAAGGGCACGUCGGUCGAUUUUUCACCAAGUUGGUUCCGGGAUUCAAACCAGCAACCGUUUGGUUACUGGCCCAACGCUCUUAACCGCUACACUACCUGCUGCCCUAUAAAUUAAUUGAUCAAUUGUAAACCUUGCUUGUCAGGCAUCAAUUGUUUAAUACUUGCAAGAUUUGCUGAACAUUCAUAUUUUUAAUGAUGGAUUUUACUCAGAUUAUUUUGAACCCAUCUUUGUAAUGUUUGGAGUUGUGAUGAUAAUGAAGAUAUUGAGAACAACGGACAAAUGCUUAAAUCCAAUGAAUGUCUUUAUUAACAUUGCAAAGGAUGGGUUGUGCUCAGACGAGUACCUUGCCAAACCUACAUUUGACAUCUCUCUAACUUAAACAACAUGUACAUCCUAAGAUCAUUACCGAAUUUAUCAUUACAAAAACAUUGGGUCAGUUACAGUGCCUUCAAAAAGUACUCAUACCGCUUGACUUAUUUCCACAUGUUGUUGUGUUACAGCCUGAAUUCAAAAUCAAUCAAAUGGAUUGUUUUUCUUACCCAUCUACACACAAAAGUUCAUAAUAACAAAAUGAAAACAUGUUUUUAGAAAUGCUUGCAAAUGUAUUGAAAAUUAAAUACACAAAUAUCUCAUUUAUAUAAGUAUUCACACCCCUGAGUCAAUACUUUGUAGAAGCACCUUUGGCAGCGAUUACAGCUGUGAGUCUUUCUGGGUAAGUCUCUAAGAGCGUUCCACACCUGGACAUUUUCCUAGUAUUCUUUACAGAAUUCUUCAAGCGCUGUUAAUCAUUGCUAGACAACUAUUUUCAGGUCUUGCCAGAGAUUUUCAAGUAGAUUUAUGUCAAAACUGUAACUCGGCCAUUCAGGAACAUUCACUGUCUUCUUGGUAAGCAACUCCAGUGUGGAUCUGGUUUUAUGUUUUAGAUUAUUGUCCUACUGCAAGGUGAAUUCAUCUCCCGGUAUCUGGUGGAAAGCAGACUGAACCAGGUUUUUCUCUAGUGUAAAAACUGAUCUGAGUUGUGUUGGUAAAAGGACUGUAUCUUGCUGUAACUGUUGAUUUGAGUUAGGGCGUGGUGCAGUUCCCAUUAGAGAUUGUGGUUUAUUAUUUCAGUUCAAUUGGUGAAGAUAAUGAUGACAGAUGAUAACAUGGUUGAGGAUGUAAGGAUGGGAUGGUUACUUGGUCAUAAGCAUCCAAAUACACAAAGGAAAGGGUUACAAGAGAAAAGGUGUCUUGUAGCAAACCACUUACAAACAGAAAUGGUAAGAUCUGCCACACUGAUUAGUGACAGGUGUAUGAAGGAGCUGGAGUCCCUCCUCUGCUGGAUUGGACAGGGGUAUAGUGGUUGGUGAUAGGGUGAGGGGACUGUCGGUCAGGGUAGGGGCAAUUAGACCACAUCUAGGGAUUUGCCUGUGCUUAGCUCCAUUCCAUUUCUUUUUUAUCCUGAAAAACUCACCGGUCCUUAAUGAUUACAAGCAUACCCAUAACAUGAUGCAGCCACCACUGUGUUGAGAAUAUGUAGAGUGAUACUCAGUAAUGUGUUGUAUUUUCCCAAAAUUAAAGACUUACUGCCUUGUCUCUUU